CGUCGUAGCCGAUCGAUCUCUGCACUUAGCUGUUACCUUAAUAACCCAAGCUGACGCUUCAUCAAUCUAUUAAGCUUUAAAGUCUUCCUAAAUGGUUUUGGUCCACCUCCCCUCUUUCUUCUUCUAUAUUAAACGCUCCGUCUGAUCGUCAAUCAACCAUAAUCCAUAAUGGAAAACUUCCAUUGAAGAACAGAAGAAGCUACAGCUACGGGUUUCGAUCGAGAUGUUUCAUCUUCUUCCUACGGAUCCAGCAAUCUACCAGUCACAGAUUCACAUCUUAUUAGAUCCAUCUCAAGUUAUAAAAAGGUUGAAGCUAGCCCAGGAUCAUCACGGGGCAUCAAUGUUCUUCUGCGGUUUCCUCAGGUUUGAAGCUAGCUCAGAGUCACGGGGCAAGAAGAACCAUAUUCAGAUGCUGUUUAACAAGGUUAAUCUAGCAAUAUAAAGAGAAAAAAUCGCAAUUAUAGUUCCCAACGGCUGCGGAACGAUUAUAUUACUGGAGCUAAUUAUUGAUUUAGAGAAGCCAAUGAAAGGUGAAGUUAUUUGGAGAGCACAAUGUAGUGCCAAACUACUUCGAACAGUUUCAGCUUAGGUGGAGUUAACCGAAAUCGUCCCUGGAAGUGGUUCCAAGUAUGGUGGUGUUCAGUAACUUGAGAGUGUAGCAAUUACUGAUCUAAACGCAUACAUUCUCAACAAUCCUCUGCAGGCAGAGUUUCUUUGCUCUAGGGUCCUUAUUCUAACAUGAACGCAUUGGCUCAGCUCAUGACAUGGAAAACAGCAGUGGCUAAGAUUCCGUACGGAGGAGCCAAAGGAGGGAUUGGUUGUGAUACGAGCAAGCUCAGCGUCACCGAGCUUGAGAGACUGACUAGAGUCUUCACUCAUAAGAUUCAUGAUCUCAUUGGGAUUCACACUGAUGUUCCAGCUCCUGAUAUGGGCACUGGUCCUCAGACAAUGGCUUGGAUUCUUGAUGAGUACUCUAAGUUCCAUGGUUACUCUCCUGCAGUUGUCACUGGAAAACCCAUUCAGGAUCUUGGUGGAUCACUCGGGAGAGACGCAGUUACUGGAAGAGGAGUGAUGUUUGGAACCGAAGCUUUGCUUAACGAGCACGGCAAGAGCAUCUCAGGGCAACGUUUUGUCAUCCAGGGGUUUGGGAAUGUAGGGUCAUGGGCGGCGAAGCUGAUAAGUGAGCAAGGUGGGAAGAUAGUUGCGGUGAGUGACAUUACCGGAGCUAUCAAGAACAAGGACGGUAUUGAUAUCGAGAGCGUGCUUAACUAUACCAAAGAACACAGAGGUGUUAAAGGGUUUCAUGGUGCGCAUCCCGUCGAUGCAAACUCAAUACUGGUCGAGGAUUGUGAUACCCUCAUCCCUGCAAGAUGACAUUUGUUCUUUGCUUUUUUGAGUUAAGAAAAUACUCCCUCCGUUUCAUAUUAAGUGUCGUUGUAGAGAUUUUUUUUCGUUGCAAAAUAAGUGUCGUUUUCGAAUUUCAAUGCAGAAUUUAUUAAUUUUAUUCUGUAUUUUAUUUUUCUAUUGGUCGAGAUACAUGUGUAAUGAUGUUUUUGUUAUGGAAAAUAUGCAAAAUUUAAUGAUUU